AUGGCAUCGUUUUAUUUGAGCAAAACACCACAGGCGGUCAUUAUUUUAUCUCGACCGUUGGUCGCGAGGUUCGUCACGGAAUGUGAAGUUUCGGGGCCCCGAGGAAGUCAGCGAAGGGCAUGUGUCUACAAUCUACAUAACCAUUUCGUAUACAAGAGGACAUGUGCAGUAAGGAUCAGGUGUCGCACUGACCGCGGGCAAACCUGGCGAAACGGGUUAUCAAACCAGUUGUUACCAACCUCUAGAGAACAGAAAGUAAAACCCACUGUUUCAAAUACUUUUGUUAAACAUUUUCAGCUGUCAGCGACGAAUCAGUAA